AUGUUUAUUGCAAGAUCUGAAUAUGAUCGGGGUAUCAACACCUUUUCCCCAGAAGGUCGUUUGUUCCAAGUAGAAUACUCUUUAGAGGCCAUCAAGUUAGGAUCAACAGCAAUAGGAGUUGCAACCGGUGGUGGAGUGGUUCUUGGUGUCGAAAAGCGCGUAACCUCUACUUUACUCGAAACAUCUUCCGUUGAGAAGAUUGUCGAAAUCGAUCGUCACAUUGGAUGUGCCAUGUCAGGACUUCAAGCAGAUGCACGAUCAAUGGUAGAACACGCCCGAGUUGAAUCUCAAAACCACAGCUUCCACUAUAACGAGCCUCUAAGAGUCGAGAGCUGUACUCAAGCCAUCUGUGAUUUGGCAUUGAGAUUUGGUGAGGGUGCGGAUGGAGAAGAGAGUAUCAUGAGUAGACCAUUUGGUGUUGCUCUUCUGAUUGCUGGAUACGAUGAGGAUGGACCACAAUUAUACCACGCUGAGCCAAGUGGAACCUUUUAUAGAUAUGAUGCAAAGGCUAUUGGUUCAGGUUCAGAGGGAGCUCAAGCCGAAUUACAAAACGAGUUUCACAAGUCACUCACAAUUGAAGAGGCAGAAACUUUGGUGUUGAAGACGUUGAAGCAGGUCAUGGAGGAGAAAUUAGAUUCAAAGAAUGUGCAAUUGGCUAGUGUUACUAAGGAAAAGGGUUUCCGAAUUUACACUGAUGAGGAGAUGGCAGCUGUUGUUGAACGCUUACCUGCGAAUUAA